CUGGCCAGAACCGGCUAGGGACUCCCUCCCACUCCGCAGCAGGAUCCAGGAACUUGCCCCUAUUGGGCAAUCAUUAAUUGGAUUCUUGGCAUUCCUCUGCCCCUGGCCAGCAUGCUUCCCACCAGAACUGGGGCAGAGACCCACGACUGGCAUUUGGACAUGCAGCUGACCAGCAAGGUGGUUCUGUCUGCAGCUGCGCUGCUCCUGGUGACUGCAGCUUACAAACUCUACAAGUCCAGGCCUGCCCCAGCUGGGCAAGCAGGGAGAAAUAACCACAAAGCAGACGGUGAAGCAGAGGGCUUGGGGCAAGCUGCCUUCCAGGGGUCUUCUCCAGGGUCCCUGCCAAGGGGGCCAAGACGCAGGAAGGCCAGCAAGGGGGCUGGAGCCCCACUGGACUGCAGCUUGGAGGAGCCAGGAGACUCCUGCCAACUGGUCACCUCCAGAUCUGGGGAGUCUACAAAAGGCUCCGAUGAGAAUCAGGAAGGGCAGUGCCCAGACUCUCAGCAUGUGCCUCCUCCCUGCGGUGCCCAGGAAGCCAGAACAGCUGUUAGAGGUAAGCCCAACCCUCCCCACCUCCCUCCUCUGAGCUGUGAACUUACAAGCUCCCGAGCUAGAACUGCCCCAGGAGUGGGCAGCAGCUGGGUGGGUGACAAGCUCUCUGCAUGGCCAGACAGCAGAACCCCAGGUCAGACAGGGUCUGGGGACCCAGGAGCUCCCAACUGUUGCACUGAGCCCGUUGUGGUCAGCAGUGACAUGGACCAGAGCUGGGUCUUCACCCAUGUGACAGGGGUCAACAGGGGAGAGGCUGGGGCCCUCCAUGCUGCUGCAGACAUGGGCCUGGCCACACAGCAGCGGGAAGGAGCCACCAAUGCCUCCUACACCUUCUCAUCUGUGGCCCGGAUCCGGAUGGAGGAGAAUGUUAUACAGAAGGCAGAGGGACCGGGGCCCAAGCUGAAGGGGAGAGUGUAUGAGUACUUCGUGGAGUCCAUAUCGAAGGCUGUCUCCAGGCCGGUCCCCUACACAGCAGCUCUGGCUGAUGCUCCAUCCCCUGGGCCUGGACCAGAGCCCCUGGACACAGGAGCAGACUCCAGAGGCCAAGCUGACAAUCCAGAGGGUGCAGCUGAAGUAAUGUCCCCACCUCCUGUGCCAUCCCCCGCCACACCAGGCUUCAGCAGAAAGGUGAGCCUCCUGCAGAUCGCUGAGAACCCAGAGCUCCAGCUGCAGCCUGAAGGCUUCAGGAUGCCCGCUCCUGCCCAUCUGGACCAGGAAGCCCAGAUCAAUUCAGCCUGCAGCCAUGGGGAGCCCAGUGUGCAGCUUGUAGCUGGGACCAAUUUCUUCCACAUCCAGCUCACCCCAGUGUCAGCUCAGGAUGUCCGCCUGGACCUGGGCAAUUGCUAUGAGGUACUGACCUUGGCCAAGAGGCAGGGCCUAGAGGCCCUGAAGGAGGCAGCCUACAAGGUGAUGAGCGAUAACUACCUCCAGGUCCUCCGAAGCACAGAAAUCUACGGGGGCCUGAGUGGGACAGAACGGGAGCUGAUCCUCCAGCGACGGUUCCGUGGCCACAAGUGCCUGGUGGUAGCAGACAUGUGUCCCCAGGAAGACAGUGGCCGCCUCUGUUGCUAUGACAAUGUGCAGGAUGCCUGGCACCCACUGUCCCAGCUGCCCAUGGAGGCCAUGUCCCAGGGUUGUGCUGUCUGUACUCUCUUCAAUUAUCUGUUUGUGGUGUCUGGCUGUCAGGGGCCUGGGGGUCAACCUUCCAACCGUGUCUUCUGCUACAACCCCCUGACUGCAAUCUGGAGUGAGGUGUGCCCACUGAACCAGGCCCGACCGCACUGCCGGCUGGUGGCCCUGGAGGGGUACCUCUAUGCCAUUGGAGGUGAGUGUCUGAACACAGUGGAGCGUUAUGACCCUCGAGCAGACCGCUGGACCUUUGCCCCGCCACUCCCCAAUGACACAUUUGCCCUGGCUCACACAGCCACAGUGUGUGCCGAUGAGAUCUUCGUCACUGGGGGCAGCCUGCGCUACUUGCUGCUCCGAUUUUCACCCCAGGAGCAGCGUUGGUGGGCCAGCCCCACGGGGGGCAGCAAAGACCGCACAGCUGAGAUGGUGGCCGUCAAUGGCUUUCUCUACCGUUUUGAUCUCAACCGCAGUUUGGGCAUCAGCGUGUACCGCUGCAGUGCCAGCACCCGGCUCUGGUACGAGUGUGCCACAUACCGCUUGCCUUACCCCGAUGCCUUCCAGUGCGCUGUGGUGGGCGAUCAUAUCUACUGUGUGGGACGCAGGCGUAUGUUCUGCUUCCUGGCUGACCACAUCUCGCCCAGGUUUGUGCCUAAGGAGCUACAGGGUUUCCCUGCUGCGCGGGGCACCCUUCUGCCUGCUGUCCUGACCCUGCCUGUCCCUGAUGUGCCUCAGACCCCUGUCUAGCAGCCCCUAUGCUAGGCUCCAUCGGGAUGCAGAGAAACUCUCUGCCCAUCACUCUGGGUAAGAAGUGGGCAGGAAGAUAGCCAUGGGGUGGAAAGUUAUCUCUCCUCCACCACAGGCUGCAGGGCCUUAGAGCAUUCUUUAACAUCCACAGUUCACAGGCCUACUACAACAGUGAAACCAGGGCCCAGCAUUCCAGGGCUGCGGGUGUCCACAACUGCAUGACUGGCUAACCAGCACUGAACUUCAAGUCAGACUUCUGGCAGGGGCUAAUUCAGUACCCCACUGAAACUCAGGGCAUAGUCUUAUCCCAGUCAUAGUUCCAGGUGCCAGGGGACCCCCAGAGGACCCCUCAGGCUGCUCAACUUCCUGUGAGCCACCAUAGACCACCUUCCUAAGUACUGGGGCCCUGUACUUCUAGAAGCAUCUAAAGCACAGAUGGAAACAACCGAAGGAGGAGCCCAGGGUACCCCUGAGGUUCACCCAGAAGGACCGGCAUGGCUAAAGCUGCAGGCACCCACAGGGACACCUGUUUGCUGAGCACACUGACAAAGGUUCACUCUUCUUAUUUGGUUAUCUCAAGCUCUGUGUGCUGGAAGGAAGAGAAGCAUCCAUCUUAGCAUGAGUUCUAUUUGAAUAUUAGUCAUUGCCCAACUGAGGUCUUGGGAGAUGGGUACAGAUGUGGCCCCAGACUCCUGUUUUCCAGACUCCUGCCUUGCCCACUACCACCUGAGCACAGCUCUUCCCCAGAGUUCAGAAUCCUCUCUGCCUGUAGACCAGGACAGCCUCCACUCUUCAGCUCCUCAGCGUGGCCUUCUCGGUGCCUGGUAGCCAUCUUGUCUGCCUUGUCGGAUGGGAAGGAAUGGGGAGAAGCAAGUCCAAGAUGGAGCUAAGAGAUGGAAGAUUCUAGUGGAGCAUCCAGGCCCUCAAUCUGUUGAUUCCAAGGGGACCCAGUUCCAGGAAAAAAGAUGAAGAGCCUGAUCUGACUUGUUACCCUCCCCAUUGUGCCCUCGUUCCAUUCUGAGGGAGACAAAGACAUCAGGAGGAAAGCAAUGAUGCUCUUGGAACCAGCCGGGGGCCACGAGGUUGGGGCGGGCCUGACAAGUGGGAGAAUAGCACUCCAGAUCCUGUCUCUGUCCCUUUAAAGUCCUCCCCAGAUCCCAUGGGUGGCCAUGCAGGCCCCUGGGUGGCUGCGAGAAGCCACAUGCAGGCCUGGGUGGCUGCUGGGACUCAGAUUGAGGUACUUUUUCAAAGAUGCAGGAUUAGAAUGUAGAACAAGGAUGAAGUUGGUGUGGAGAUGGGAAGAGAGCUUUUGUUGGACCACACAACGCGACUAUCCCUGGCCAAGGGCCCCAGAGGAGGAAGCAGCCGAGUGAUUCCUGAAUUGAAAGCUGAGUAAGAAAGGAUAUCUGGGCCAU